UGUCAAUGUCACUUCAACCAACGUGCUUUUUGCGGUAUUCUGUCUGGUGAAUUCAAAUUUUGUAGUUCUUCGCAGUUUUUUUAUAUUAUGAUAAAACGUUUAUAAUCAUGGGUGAAGCCAGACGAUCACAAAAAUCUUGUACAACCGUAGCUGUAAGGUAUCGUUUUGUAUGGAAACCUAGUGGUGAUGGGGAAAAGGAUCUUCAAUUUUUACCUCACAAAGUGCGUAAGCUGAAACAUGUCCCACCUGUUCAAGAUGAGCCUGUCGAGUUAAAACCAGAGGAUGUAGUGUAUUUGGACGAUGUAGAAUAUUUAAGAAGUCUCGACCCUAAAGAAUGGAAGCACCAAGAUCAUUACAAAGUUUUAGGAAUUCCCACUUUGAGAAUAAAAGCCACUGAUGAAAUAAUUAAAGCAGCAUAUCGUAAGAAAGUACUUCAGCACCAUCCAGAUAAACGAAAAGCUAAGGGUGAAGAAAUCAAGGACGAUGAUGACUAUUUUACAUGUAUAACCAUGGCUUAUGAAACACUAGGAAAUCCUCUAAAGAGAAGGGCUUAUGAUUCAGUGGAUCCUGAGUUUGAUAAUAAUAUACCAAGUGCUAGUGAAAUAAAGUCGGAUUUCUUCAAGGUAUGCUCAUAUUAUUUUGAUUUGAAUUCAAGAUGGUCUGAAAAGCAGAAGGUGCCAAAAUUAGGCGGACCUGAUUCAACCAGAGAAGAAGUGGAGAAAUUUUACAACUAUUGGUAUGAUUUUAAAUCUUGGAGAGAGUAUUCUUAUGAAGAUGAGGAAGAUAAAGAGAAAUGUACAGAUCGUGAUGAGCGAAGAUAUGUAGAUAAAUUGAAUAAAGCUGAACGUUUGAGGAAAAAGAAAGAAGAAAUGGCCAGAAUAAGAACCUUAGUGGAUUUAGCAUAUAAUAAUGAUCCUAGGAUAGCAAAGUUUAAACAAGAUGAUAAAGAUAGAAAACUAGCUGCUAAACGAGCAAAACAAACAGCUGCUCAGAUUAAAAAAGAAGAGGCAGAAAGGGCUUUGAGGGAAGCCCAGUUAGCCAUUGAAAAAGCCGAAGCAGCAGAAAGAGCAAGGAUUGAAGCAAAACGACAAGAAAGAGAGGCCCAGAAAAAAUUAUUAAAGAAAGAAAGAAAAGCCUUAAGAGAUAUAUGUAAAUCCAACAAUUAUUAUGCUGAUAAUCCAGAACAAAAUUUAGCGCACAUGACAGCAUUAGAAUCAAUUUGUGAAAAUAUGAACAUAAAUGAACUAGAACAAUUGAAUAAAGAAAUAAAAAGCAAAGGUAAAACGGCUUUCUUGAAAGCCGUUACUAAAAUUAACAGUUUAAUUGAAAACGAAAGAAAAGCUAUGCUUGAAGCAAGUAGACCAAAAUCUGCAGAAAAUAAAAAUUUGAAUGUAACCCAAGUGAUGCCGGAGUGGAAUGAAGAAAAUAUGCAGCUUUUAGUGAAAGCAGUAACUAUGUUUCCGCCAGGAACCAAUCAAAGAUGGGAAGUUGUUGCCAAUUUUAUGAAUCAACAUGGAAAAAUAAAAAAAAAUGCCAGCAAAUUCAAUGCUAAAAUGGUUUUAUCCAAGGCUAAAGAACUUCAAAAUGCAGAUUUCUCAAAAAAUAAUCUCAAAGAAGAAGCAAACAAACAAGCUUUCGAUAACUUCAAGAAGAAUAAGAAGUCUGUUUUGAAUGUAAAUGAGAAUGGGAUAUCUAAAAAAUUGGAGGAGAUGAAAAUUGUUGACAAGAAGCCGAAAACUGAUGACAAGAAGCUGAAAUCUGAUGAACAGAAGAAUAACAAAGUAGAAUCAGCGGCAUGGACAACUGAGGAGCAGCUCCUUUUAGAACAAGCAUUGAAAACGUACCCUGCAUCUACAUCAGAGCGUUGGGAUAGAGUUGCUGAGUGUAUACCUAACCGAACUAAAAAAGAGUGUAUGAAGCGGUAUAAGGAACUAGUAGAAACUGUUAAGGCUAAAAAAGCUGCUCAGGCAGCUGUUAAUUCUGUGAAAUGAUUGAUGUGAAUAUGUAAUAUUUAUUUACUUCUACCUAGAAUUGUUCAAUAAACAAUAACGACCA